GGUGUUUACCUAACUUGAAUAAUAGCUUGCGUUUUCGUUGCGGUGUUUUAGAAAUAUCGAUUGGAUUUAUUUGCAGACUAAUGAAAAGGGAAACUAAAGAUAGUAGUUUAAAAUGUUCUAGCUCUGAAGAUAUUUUAUAAUAAUUAUUGCUAAUGAUAUUCAUUAUAGUACAAUAAUAAUGAAUUUCAAAUCUUGUUUAAUUAUUUUGGCAGGCUUGUAUGAAGUUUCAUCAUCAAGAGUUUUAGAACUAAGUGACAAAUUCAUUGAAGUCAGUAGUGAUGGGAUGUGGUUUAUUAAGUUUUAUGCACCAUGGUGUGCCCAUUGCCGCCGAUUAGAGCCUGUUUGGGCCCAUGUCGCACAGAGUUUGUAUAACAGCCCUAUAAAAGUUGCUAAAGUGGAUUGUACAAGAUUUACUACAGUAGCAACCCACUUCAAAAUAAGGGCUUACCCUACAUUAAUGUUCAUAAAGGGUGAUUUUCAACAUGAAUACAAUGGCGAAAGAGAAAAGGAAGAUAUGGUAAACUAUGCAUUACGAAUGUCUCAACCUGCAAUUCAGAAGGUCUCCCAUGCUGAUAGCUUGGGGUAUUUGAAAGAAACACAUCCUGUCUUUUUUGGUUAUAUUGGGAAGCAACAGGGUCCAUUAUGGGAAAGUUUUUCGCUUCAUGCACAAAAAUACCAGCCUCAUACCUGGUUCUAUACAUUUUCACAUGAUAUCAUAAAACAGGAAGUAAGUCCACCGAAUGAAACUUCUGUUUUUGUUUAUAAGGAAGGUGAUAUAUUUUUUUUUGAAGCAAAAGAAGUUAUAGACAAUGAUGAAUCUUUAAAUGUGACAUUGGACAAGUGGAUAAACUCAGAAAGGUUUGGCUUUUUCCCGAAAAUAACUAGAGCAAAUAUAAAUGAUCUAUUGGACACAGAGAAAUAUCUUGUAAUUGUUGUUGUGUCUGAAAAUAAAUUGAAUGAAAUCACUCAGAUUGAACAGGAUUUUAAGGACAUGGUUGAAGGAAUAGUUAAAAAGAAGAAAGGGGAUUUAAAUCAUCAUUUCCAAUUUGGCUGGAUGGGUAAUCCAGAUGUGGCUAACUCCAUAGUGAUGACUGAACUCACAGUGCCUAACUUACUAGUGCUCAACUCGACUACAAACCACCAUCAUUUACCAGACGACGACCCUGUUUUGAUGACACCUGAAGCAGUCUUAAUUUUCUUAGAUCAAAUUCAUACUCAAACUGCGCCGACUUAUGGUGGUAACGGUUGGCCAGUUAGAUUCUACCGUGGUUUCUAUGAAGCACGUACGACACUCACCAACAUGUGGCGAGGCAAUCCAGUGCUGACGGCGUUGGUGUUCGGUUUACCACUUGGAUUCUUGUCAUUAAUUUGUUAUUCCGUAUGCUGUGCUGAUAUUUUAGACGCAGAAGAAGAUGAAGUGCUGGAAACACAUGAGAAAAAGGACUAAAUCUUAAUCUCGGGAUAGGUAGUCCGUCAAUACUUUUAAUUUGUUUGAAUGCAAUAGAAAAUGUAUUAUGAAUGGAUGUAUGCUACGUAAUUAUAUGGUGUACAAGGUAUUAUUUGAUUAUUCUGUUAUUAUUAAGUAAAGAGAAUUUAUGGUGUCCCUAUUUUGUGGUAAAUGUUUAUGUUUCGAAUUUUUAUUUUAUUUAUAUCAAAAAUUGGGCAUGUUCGUAUAUACUAAGUAUUCGAUAAUUGGACUAAUUUAUUAAAUAUAUAGAUUGCUAAAAGUAAAUAAGAACAAAAGCACUGUACUUAUCAUUACCAAAUAUAGUACAAGAGCUCGUGACGAAAAUGUGCAAAACUUUAGUAACGGUGAUUUCAGUAUGCUGAAGUACUAAGGCUGUAAACACCCGGUUACCAGUGUUGCGUAAAUCAAAACCAUUUCCUUCACAAAGUGGUCGAAAAUAAUUUAAUUACUAGAUUAAUAUAAUGGUAAGAAAAAAUACUGAAAAGUUUGUUUAGUUAAAUAAACACAUUAGCUAAUCACUAGUUUGAUUUAACCAGGUGUUCUUGAAUACCGAGUAGUACUUCCACUUACUGAAGUAUCUGCUGUUAUAAAACUGUUGUCAUGAGCUUUUUUUAUCUAAUAGUUAUAAGAAUAACGUAACUUUUUGAAUUGACUUCAGUUUUUGUGAUAAGAAUAUUUAUAGGUGUGUACUUAUAGUUUAUAUUGCAUCAGUUACAUUUUUACAAUAUUGUAAUUCAAUAACAGAAUAUUGUCCAUUGAUUUUUAUCAUAUUUAUUUUGAAUUCAAAUAUUAUCACAUAGUGUUCUACUUAUAUGUUUUAGAAUUAUUUUCAGAGAAUUAUUACACAGCAGAUAACAUUUUCAACGAC